AUGUCCACCCCGGUCCUGCGGCUUGGCAUCUUGGGUGCCUCCCAGACCGCCGAGUCCGUCCACCUGCCAGCUCUCCACGCCCUCUUCACUCGUUUCAGCCUUAUUAUACUCCACGAUGCCUUCGCCGAUUCUCUCGACCGUUGCCAGAAGCGUUUCCACAUCAAAGAGAUCACUACAUCCACCUCCGACGUCAUAAACCAUCCAGACGUGGACCUCGUUCUUAACCUCCUCCCUUUCGAAUACCAUGAGCAACACACCAUCGCGGCCCUCGAAGCCGGUAAACAUGUCAUGGUCGAGGUCCCACUGACCCUAAGCAUCGACGGCCUCCGACGCAUCCGCGCCGCUACCAAAAAAGGCACAGCCAACUCCCGCUUCGAAGGCGGCCCAAAAGUCUUCGUCGGAUGCGCGCGUCGCUACGCCCCCUGCUUCACAGAGAACUUCAAGAAAGAACUCGACUCUCUGGACCGGAUCUACUACGCGCGAUGCCGGAACAUCGCCGGUCCACUAUCACCUUCCUCCAAUCCGUCCAGCAGCGACAGCAUAAACGGCAACGGCAACGGCAAUGGCAUCAGUAACGCUUUCAAUCUGAACUUGAAUCUAAAUGGAAACACCAACGGCAGCACCAACGGCAGCACCAACGGCUCUCUAGCCGUCCCCAACACAAUCAUCAAUACAACCAAAUUCCACACCCUACUCACCGACAUCUUCGGAAACACAGACGACCUCACCUCCGACCGAAUCGCCUUCGCCCGUUUCCUCGGCACAACAGGCUCGCACGAUCUCUCCCUCGUCCGAGAAUCAUUCGGAGAGGACCACCCCUUCACCAUGAUCUACGAAGCUGGUAUCGAUGCUGUUCCACGUUGCGACUCUCACCUCACCAUCUACGGCGCAAGCAAGACGAUCAGCCUGGAAUACGACUUCCCUUGUCCUUCUGGAUCUGGCGACGGCGCAAUGCGGGUUAUUAUCGAGGAAGCAGAGACUUCUGAAUCAAAAGCCAAUGGUUCCACUGCGAAUGGGAAUGGCACAAAUGGAGCUAGCUCCGUCGCAAAAUCUCAAGUCAGGAGAACUGUUCACACAAGCACCGUUGCCGAAGCAUACGAACGACAAUUUGAGGAUAUGUACUUCUUCUUCACUGGGAAUGUGACCGCGAAAACAGAUACAGCCGAUGCCUUGAACGAUCUCAAACUCGUGCGCAUGAUCUUCGAACACUACGAUCGACAGUGCGGUACUAUUCGGACUCCGCUUGGUUAA